ACACACAGCGCUGCUUGCUCUGUUUGUGUAUGGCAGCUCCUCCUCCUCUUCCUGCAGCCCAUGUGUCCGCCAGGAAGCCUGAGAAAAGCCUGCCGACCCCUAGUCUGACCCCUAGUCUGAUAUUAGAGCGCAGCUGCCUGUGUGGAUCCCCUCCCUGUGUAAAGCCCCUGGUGAACUCCGAACAGUUAGGCGAUUGUUCCGCUGCAGCCUGCGACUCUAGGAAGGACUGUCGUGCGCUUCUUGCUCUGUGAUGCUUCCCAGUCAGCUGGAGGAGUGAAGAAAAUGUCAGUCGGCAUACAUGAAAACCGCAAGUCAAGGGCCAGCACUGGCUCCAUGAACAUCUACUUGUUCCACAAGUCUUCAUAUGCGGACAGUGUCCUCACUCACCUGAACCUAUUACGAAAGCAAUGUCUCUUCACCGAUGUCCUGUUGCUGGCUGGAAACCGGUCAUUCCCCUGCCACCGGGCUGUCCUUGCCGCUUGCAGUCGCUACUUUGAGGCUAUGUUUAGUGGCGGACUGAAAGAAAGCCAAGCCAAUGAGGUGAACUUCCACAGUGCUGUUCACCCAGAAGUCCUUGAACUCCUCCUAGAUUAUGCCUACUCCUCCAGAGUCAUUAUCAAUGAAGAAAAUGCAGAGUCUCUUCUUGAAGCUGGAGAUAUGCUGGAGUUUCAGGAUAUCAGAGAUGCAUGUGCAGAGUUCUUGGAGAAAAAUCUUCACCCAACCAACUGCCUGGGCAUGCUGCUCCUCUCAGACGCCCAUCAGUGCACUAAGUUAAACGAGUUGUCCUGGAAAAUGUGCCUUAACAACUUCCAGACCAUUUGCAAAACUGAAGACUUUCUCCAGCUGCCCAAAGACCUGGUAGUACAGCUAUUAUCCAAUGAAGAACUGGAAACAGAGGAUGAGCGGAUGGUGUAUGAGUCCGCAAUGAACUGGAUUCAUUAUGAUCUCAAUAAGCGACAUUGUUACCUUUCUGAACUGUUACAGACUGUGCGAUUAGCUCUGUUACCAGCAAUUUAUCUCAUGGAGAAUGUUGCAAUGGAAGAGCUUAUUAUUAAACAGAAGAAAAGCAAAGAGCUGGUAGAAGAAGCUAUCAGGUGCAAAUUAAAAAUAUUGCAAAACGAUGGUGUAGUCACAAGCUUGUGUGCCAAACCUAGAAAAACUGGCCAUGCUUUGUUUCUCUUGGGUGGGCAGACUUUCAUGUGUGAUAAACUAUAUCUGGUAGAUCAGAAGGCUAAAGAAAUCAUCCCCAAGGCUGACAUUCCAAGCCCUCGAAAGGAGUUUAGUGCAUGUGCAAUUGGUUGCAAAGUGUACAUCACUGGUGGCAGGGGGUCAGAGAAUGGUGUCUCAAAGGAUGUUUGGGUCUAUGAUACACUCCACGAGGAGUGGUCAAAAGCCGCACCUAUGCUAGUGGCACGGUUUGGGCAUGGCUCUGCUGAACUGAAGCACUGUUUGUAUGUAGUAGGAGGCCACACUGCGGCAACAGGUUGUCUUCCUGCAUCUCCGUCUGUGUCCUUAAAACAAGUUGAGCAGUAUGACCCUAUAACCAACAAAUGGACAAUGGUUGCUCCUCUGAGAGAAGGGGUGAGCAAUGCUGCCGUGGUUAGUGCAAAGCUCAAGCUUUUUGCUUUUGGAGGAACUAGUGUUAGCCAUGACAAGUUGCCCAAAGUUCAGUGCUAUGACCCCUCUGAAAACCGAUGGUCUGUACCAGCUACUUGCCCUCAGCCUUGGCGCUACACCGCUGCUGCAGUACUGGGAACGCAGAUAUUCAUCAUGGGUGGCGACACAGAAUUCUCUGCCUGCUCCGCUUACAAAUUCAACAGUGAGACUUACCAGUGGACUAAGGCAGGGGAUGUGACUGCUAAACGAAUGAGCUGUCACGCAGUAGCAUCUGGCAAUAAACUUUUUGUCGUUGGAGGCUAUUUUGGGAUCCAGAGAUGCAAAACACUGGACUGCUAUGACCCCACGCUUGAUGUAUGGAACAGUAUCACCACUGUACCAUACUCUCUUAUUCCAACGGCAUUUGUCAGCACAUGGAAACAUUUGCCAUCUUAAAGCACUAUAAUGUCAUGACACAGGACCUCAGCUGUGAAGACUGGAGGAGAGCUAAUAGAUGAAGACAGGAAUGACUUUCUUGCUUGAAAGCGCUUGGCUGCAUCUUGUCCACAAGGCUCUUUGUAGACGGAACUGCUGGCCCCUCUGGCAUGAAUGUUUAUAGCCUCCACAGUCAUAAGGGAACUUUUCUUUAGUAAUAUUGUCUUGUAUGUGCUAAAUAUCAGUGUUAACCCUGUUGGAGACUUCAAGUUGGGGCAGUGUUGUGUAACAGCAUGCUCUCACUUUCAUGGGCUUAGUCAUUCCCCAAACAAGAAUUGCUUUGCAAAGCAAAGAAAGCCUUGGGACCCAAAUGAGUCCUGUGGGAAAAUAGUCAGCCAAUUCCACAAGAACUUAUUUCUGGCUACUGAGUAAACUAAGACAGCUGAGAUGUCACAUUGAUUAAGGAAUUGGCAUUAUACAGCUUAAUACAAGACUGCUCCAAUGGGGCACAGGAGGGCCUCCUGCUAACAUCUACAGAAGGGAUAAACUCUUACAUUACAUUGUGAACAACCACAUCCGGCUUUCGUCAAUUGUAGAAGAAGUACCUGUGAAGAACUAUUGGAUGUCUUACUCCCGGAACAUGCGCCCAUUUCAUUUGCCCUGAUGUAAAACUUGGACUGUCUUUCCUUCGUUACAUUCCUUGUUGUCUCUUUGUUGUCCAGUGGCGUCUGCAUGCUGAUAUAAUGCCUGUAGCUGCAUUCACAGAUAGGAGGCCAGACCCAUGUUUGUAUAUUUGGGUGUGAGCAACAAUAAGGGGCACUGAUCACCUUUAGGCAGUGUUUGUAUAUGAUAAUUCACAUAAGAAUUUGUGCAGCCAUGGGGAGUCAGAAACCUUCCUGGUCAGAUGGGUUAAUCGGUGCAUCCCAGUGUUUGUUUUGAUAGAGGAAUUAUAUUUGGGUUACAUGUUCAGUGCAAUGUCGUGGCUCUCAUUGACUUACGUUAUUUUAUAGAUUUGCUAUCAAAAUAGCUGAAAUAGCUCAUGCAGGUCUCAAUUAUUUAGUAGCUUUGGAUUUUUCUAUAAACCAACAAACAUGAUGAUCCCUGCUGAGGUAUUUACUAUAAUUGAAUAGUGUCACUCCUAACAAAUAUGAUUACUUUGUCAUGUUCUGUGUUUUGGUAUCAGCAGUACCUUGGCCAGGGCAGACCAUAGGCAAGGGAUUGACUGCACCCUUGUCUAAAUUAAAUCUAAACCCUACAUACAUAGUGGCAUUGCAUUUUCUCUGAAAGUGUGGAUGCCUAAUAGACAAAGGGGAAAAGAGUCUCACCUCAUAAGGAAAUACAUGCCUUUCCAAAACAGCAGUCUGUCUUUCUAUUUAUUCCUCCGUACUGUACAGUACAUAGACAUUGCAGGGAGCAUCAAGUCACUUAGCUUCCAUGACAUAACAGGAAGAAUAAAACAAGCACAAAGUCAUUCCACAACAUUCUUAUUCCUAUAAGCUUAUAAGCUUGUUUCGAACUGUAUAUUUAAUUUGUUCCUACUGCACUGGGCUGCACCCAUGAACCCAUCCUGAAUGUCACUAUUCACUUCCAGCUGCCAAUGUCUGAAAUGAUAAAAUCAUUCCCAUGGCUAAUGCUUCUAAUCCCCAACUGUCAUCUCCCGACCAAACCAGAGAAACCGUCCAUAAGCCAACACCUCAAUGAUUUUGUGGGCUAAGGGAUGACAGACUGGUGAUACUGUGCACUGCCAUUGAUACAUUGAGUGCAAGGUCAGAGGCUGUGAAGUGCAUAGGAUAUAACAGAGAGUAAAGAACUGUCCUGUAUGAGCAGAGUGAUAUUGAUGCCUUAUAAUGUAGCCCUGAAUACAUUUUUCAGGGUCAUUGCCUGUCACAUUGAAUUACCUUGCUGACUUGGAAUAUCCUUUAUGUAUAGAAGGGAGUGCAUUAUGCUAUAUAUUUAUAAUGGUUGCUCUUAUAACAUGAAGUAUCUUUUCCUGUAGAUUUAGCGUUUGCUGCACAGGGCAUUCCUAUGGCUGUAAUAUCUGAUUUCAUGGGAUUUCUAAAGGGGGGCGCGUGCUUAUGGUCAGCUGAUGAUACCAACACAUGAAAAUGGUGAUCAUCAGCUGAUUUUCAGCCCAGGGCUAAAAAGCUUCAACCAAAAACAACAAGACUCCUUGCACCCCUAUCAGCCUUUAGGUUGCUCAGCCCUGGCAUAAGGAAUCUGUGCAUGAUUUUGGAUCAGUGUAGCCCUUUAUUAUCCUGGCAUUUGGUAGCGACCUAUGCCAUCUGUUUGCACUGUGACGGAACUAGUUAAGACUGGCAUGCAGGAUGUUUCUUGUAGGUGUAUUUUAAAGUUAUAUUUUGGCAUAGGUAAAAAUAAACUAUAACUCCAUCAAGAGCUCAUGACAAGUUAGUAAAGAAGCUUGUCCAAUUGCAAGACCUGUUCUUAAAUUACUCACUGGGGUAAAAUAAGCUGCCACUCUCCUAGGCCAUCGGCUAUACAGGUCAUACCUUGCCCUUCCGCAUACAAUUAGCUGGCACAUAACGUGCCCUGACCUUCUGAAGUUACAAACUAAAUAUACCCCAUCAGCCAUAUUUGCUGUAUUUUCCAUAUUUGGAUGUCUCUUUUCCACAAAGAAAACCCCUUCAUUGUCUGCUCGUCGCCUUUGUUCCCGGCAACAUCCAAAGUUAUUUAUUUAUUUAUUUAUGUUCAAAAGCAAACAUUUUUUUUUUAUUUUGCCAAAGCUUCAUUUGUGUGAGUUAUUUUUUUCUUUUGUGUUGCAUUUCUUUUGUACAAA